UUCGCCUUGCCAUUAUCGUCAUUGUCUUACCCAACCCAUGUCAAACAGGUCGUGCGGAAUUAAUGGCCCAUACCGGAGAUAGCGAAUGGGUAUUGUUUCAACUUCAGUCAGGUCCCAUUUGGGAAUGUUUAACCGCCUUCAUCGCUGAAGGCUUUUUUCAUUGUUUUGGUUUUGGUGUACACGAUAAGGACCUUGUUGCACACAAUAGGAGAUUUGAUCUCAGGUUAUCAGCAUCAUCCUCAGCAACAAUGACAGGAGCUCUCUACCCCUCAUGACGAUCUUUGUCCUGGUCUCGUUCAUGGGGUUUAAGCAUUACCAACGCAAGACUCUUGCCUGCUUAAACCAGGGCAGCCUUACUUAAAAAGUGGUUCCUUGAUGCAACUUGAUGAAAUGCUUUGAAACAGAAUAGUAUUCCGGCCCCCCUCGUCUUUGAACGAGCUAGAACACAAGAUGAGGCUGAGGCAGCUGUCCCACUGACAGAAUAAUAAGUCAAUGGUCGAAGCUGGGACUGAAACGGAUGCAGAUCAAUGCAACGGUCUGGCCUCGUACGUUUGGCUCCUUCUUCUCUGCCCGACUCAAUGAUUCCCUGUUGUAUGUUGUUGUGUAGUGCAUUUUAUUGUCUGCUGCGGCUGUCUUGGCCGGGGUUUAUCUUCUAAAAGAGUUGUUGAAUCUCAAUGAGAACAACCUGGUUAAAUAAAAGGUUAAAACUGAGAGAACAUAUGAAAAGUACCCCUUAUACAUGUGUAACCCUCUUCUCCUCCUCUUCCUCCUUCUUGUCCUCCGCCCUCCUACCAUCUUCUCCUCCUCUUCCUCCUUACUGUCCUCCUCCUCUCUCUCCUCCUCCUCCUCCUCUUCCUUCCUGUGGCCCCCAGACGAGGGCCCCCCCUGUACUUGUCCCCUGUGUGUCGACUGGAGCAGCUGUGUGCCCCACAGCGAGGGCCUCCAGUUGUCGGACCUGGGGGCCACCUACCUGGAGUUGCCCUCACUCAACCACGUCUUUGUGGGACGCUACUUUGGCAGUGUGCUGGAGUUCUUCAUGAUCCAGUGUCUGAAGCAGAAAGCCAAAGAGAGACCAGAUAAGAGGCGUGUCAAUAAAGUGAAUGAACCACAGCCUCCUCACUUGGAACAACCAGCCCGCCUCCCUCCGAUCCGGGUGGAGGAGUCCAGCUUCUCCCAGGACAUGCAGUGGCUGCUGGAGCGCGGCGUGCAGUUCGCUGACGUGGCCUUCUUCGCCGGGGAUUCUGGGAAGGAGCUGGGCUGGGCGCACGCGGCGGUACUGUGCGCCGUGAGCCCCUACUUCAGACAGCUGCUUCUGGGACCCAAGUCCAGGGAACGACCCCAGUCGAGGUGUAUUUGUCGAGAGCGAGACGGUGGCCCCCACUCUCUGCUUUCAACGUGGGACGGCGGGAUUAUUGACGAUAUGCCGCGGCCAGACGGGCACACGGUGGGACGCCUCUCUCGCCUGGUGGUAAAGGACCCUCUGCUGUGCCUGUGCCUGUGGGAGACCCUCAUGUUCCUUUACAGAGGAGCGUGGGAAUGGGACCACCUCCAGGAGGCCCUGGUGGAGAAGCUGAAGAACACCCUGGCUGUGGCACAGCUCAUGGAGCGCAUCCGCUCCUUCGUUGGCAUGGACAAGGCCUCCAGGGAAACCCCCAGUGCGCGGGCGGCAGUCCUUGGCCCCCAGACCCUCGUCAGUCUCUUUAAUUCUCCCCUCUACUCUGACGUCAUCUUCAUGGUGCAAGGCAAUGUGUUGCCAGCCCACAGAGCGGUACUGGUGGCGCGCUGUGAUGUCAUGGCGGCCAUGUUUAGUGGAAAGUACGCAGAGGCUCGGAGCCGAGUGGUGCCGAUCCACGGAGUCUCCUCAGAUACCUUCCUCUCCUUCCUGGAGUACCUCUACACUGACACCUGCUGUCCUGCCAGUGUGCUGCAGGCCAUGGCAGUUCUCGUCUGUGCCGAGAUGUACCAAGUGAAGCGCCUGCAGCAUCUGUGUGAGGUGUGCGUGUGUGCCUACCUUCAGAGCAUGCCCAGCAGGGAGCUGGCAUCCACCGGUAUCAGUGUGAUCCGGCUACUCCGCCGUGCAAAGGACUCUAACGUCUUAUGUGCCGCCCAGUGUCACAACGCCGAGCAGCUCUAUGUAUGGCUGCUCCACUUCAUCGCCAACAACUACCUGAUCUUCAGCCACAAAGCAGACUUCCUGGAGCUCUCGGAAGAGGAGAGGGACCAUGUGGAGAGGUUGCGUUGGCCGUCCAGGGGCUACCUGCAGGAGCUCAGCGAGUACCAGCAGAGGAGACGCAAGCUACGCAAGUCCCGCUGCACGGUCAUGUGACGG